AUGGCAGCGGAUAGGGAUAGCGACGAUUUAAUCAAUGAAAACCUCAUCGAAAGCUUUAGAUUGCGGUUGCGAACUUAUGUCGCAGUGGAUCCUGUGCUGGACCAUCUUCAUUUCCUCGAUGCCGAGCAGAAGGAACGUGUCAGACAAAGAGCCAGGACCGACGGCGACUCGGCGGCGGUGGACGUCCUAAUAGACGCCGUCCUCCGCAAACCGCACCCGGUAGGCUGGUUCCAGGCCUUCGUGGACGCCUUGUCCAACGCGGAAUGUAAACACGCGGCCGACUACAUGCGGGGAAAGUUACCUGACCCCAAGGUAGAGGCUGAAAACGAUGACUGUAUGAGAAUGAUUGACAUUCUGGUUCCCAGUCUGUUGGACAUGAGCACUAAAGAGGUGUGCACUCAUUGUUUUUCACACGAACUCAUCAGCAAGGAUGACCGCGACAAAAUCACUCACCUAGCAGACAACCAAGGACUCAGAGAUGCGGCUCGCGAACUUCUGAAAAGAAUUGUGAGGUGUCCCCCUGGAUGGUACUCUAAAUUUAUCAAAAUUCUGCAAGACACUGAGCACCAGAAAUUGUAUGAUUUGCUGGGAGGGUCAUCAGACAGCAGUAUCACAGAUGAGAGUACGAAAAGUAACCCAGUGAAGGAGAGUCAAGAAAGUUCUACUAACCAACAGCAUUUAGACCACAAGGACACUGGGGAUGACACCAUAGAACUGUACUGUAGUGAAAGCUCAUGCAAAGAUGCCACACAACAGUCAAGCGGCAAUGCAGAGCAGUUGCCACAAGAAGUGCGUGACUCGGACGCAGCUGCUGGAGGCCCAGAUAAAGCUGAUAUUGUUCUUCGAGACUAUCAGAUGGACGUGGCUAAACCUGCCUUGGAGGGGGAAAAUAUCAUCAUAUGCCUCCCGACUGGAAGUGGUAAAACCAGGGUAGCAGUUUACAUUGCCCGCCAACAUCUGGACGACAGGAGGGCAAAGGGGAAAACAGGCAAAGUGGUCAUCCUUGUGAACACGAUUCCUCUUGUUGAGCAGCAUUACAGCACAGAGUUCCAUCGCUUUCUGAAGCAGGCUUAUAAAGUGGAAAGAGUCAGUGGAAAAUCCAUGCUGAAAAUCUCCUUCACAGAUAUUGUGAAGAAAAAUGACGUCAUCAUAUGCACAGCCCAGAUUCUGGAAAAUUGCUUAGAGGAGUCUCUUCAAGGAGAAGAUAAGGGAUUGCAUCUGAAGGAUAUCACUCUAAUGAUAAUUGACGAGUGUCAUCACACUAAGAAGGGUGAAGUCUAUAACCGGGUGAUGAUGCAUUACCUGAAACUGAAGAACAAGAACAGGUUGUUGAAGAAGGAGCAGAAGGAGACUGUGCCGCUUCCUCAGAUACUGGGCCUGACUGCCUCAAUCGGGGUAGGCGACGCCACUAAACUGGAAUCUGCGGUGAAAAACAUUUUGCAGAUUUGCGCCAGCUUGGAUGCUUCCCAAAUUCGGACUGGGAAUCUUGGGGUUUAUAGCAAUGAACCAGACAAACAAAUAGUUCUGGUUGAGGACAAAGAAAUGGACCCGUUUGGUGAUGUAAUCAAGAGAAUCAUGCGUAUUAUCCAAGAUGACGUUAAACUGAGCCCCACCUGUGAGCUUGGCUCUCAAAACUAUGAACAAUGGGUGGUCCAAUGCGAGCAACAAGCCGCCAAAGAGGAGGCUCAGGAAGUGCGAGUUUGUGUGGCCCAUCUUCGUUGGUACAAUGACGCACUGAUGCUCAGUAACACCAUUCGCAUGCGUGAUGCCUUCAGUUUCCUGAAUAAAAAAUACGAAGAAGAGUUGAAGAGUAAAACAUGCCCUGAAGAGGAUCAUGUCAUAAACAUCACUGAAACUGAGAGAAAGCUCUUCAAUUUAUUCAGAGACAACAAAAACGAGCUUGAGAAGCUUUCGGAGAACCAGUCCUAUGAAAAUGACAGCCUGUCAAAACUUCGGAAAGGUAUUCUGUACGAGUUUAGCACCAGGCCCAAGGCCAGGGGGAUCAUUUUUACCAAAUCUCGACAAAGCGCCAUAGCUCUCAGUCACUGGAUUCAGGAGAAUGACAAGUUUGACGACAUUGGCGUGAAAGCAUCCUAUCUCAUUGGAAGCGGAGACCAGAGUCUUGUCAAGCCAAUGACCCCUGCAGAGCAAAAGGAUGUGUUGAACAGAUUCCGCAACGGAGCUGUCAACUUGCUUGUUGCCACCUCAGUGGCAGAGGAAGGUUUGGACAUACCGGCCUGCAACUUUGUCAUCUGCUACGGCCGUGUGACCAAUGAGAUUGCCAUGAUACAGUCUCAAGGCAGAGCUCGUGCUAAGGACAGCAGUUACAUCGUGAUUGAGGUCAAAGGCUCCGGGGUGACUGAGAAGGAGAGCGUCAACGAGUACCGAAAGGAUUUAAUGACCAAAGCCAUUGCCAAAAUCUGUGCCUUAGAUCCUGCCGAUUAUAACAACAGGAUCGAAGAAUUUCAACUUCAGGCUAUUCUUGAGGAGAGGGUCAAAAUGGCAACUAAGAAAAAGACUAAGUCUGAGGAUCCAUUAGGGGUGAAGUUAAGUUGCCGAAGUUGCAGCACGUUUGUUGGCACUGGUGAUGACAUCCAAAUCAUUGAAGGAAUGCACCACGUCAACUUGUCAUCACAGUUUAGCGAACUUUAUAUCCAGAAAGAAAACACUUCUCUUCAAGAACGGCUUCUUGACUAUGAAACUAAUGGGUCCAUAGCAUGCAAGAAGUGCGGACAGAAGUGGGGCGCUAUGAUGUCAUACCGAGGAAUUGAUUGCCCCUGCCUGCUUGUGAAAAACUUCGUUGUACAAAUCAAGGACAAGAAGUUCAGCAAUUUCACCAAGUGGAAGGAAAUCCCCACCAGGUUCCAGGCAUUCAACUACAUCGAGCAUGCUAGCCACUUGACGGAUGAAAUCGCAACACUUUGA